AUGGGAAGGUGGCGGCGCGCAGCCCGCCCAGAAGGGCACCGUGUGCGCCGCGGAAGCUGCGCGCACGCGGGCCCGCGGUCCGAAGCUGUGGCCCAGCGGAGCACUCGAGCUCCUGGCUCAGGUGGCAAGGCCCCGCAGCGCUCCAGCGCUUUUAGUCUAAGAACUUGCCUGCUCCCUCGGACAACGCAUCCAGUCAGUGGGGCUGGCGAAGAUCCUCCCUUCUUAUGUGGAUAUGACAUUGGGUUUGUGGUUUUUGCUUUCACAGCGAUAGCCCAAGGCUUGCAGGUCAUAGUACCUGAAAGGUCGAAGAAAGCCAUGCUGUUCCAGCCAGUUGUGCUAAGCUGCCGCUUCAGCACAUCCUCCCAGCAGCCGGCUGUCAUCCAGUGGAAAUUCAAGUCCUACUGCCAGGAUCGAAUGAAGGAAGCCUUAGGCAUGGCCACUGCGGGGAACCAGCCCCUCAGCAAAAGGAACCUCGAGUGGGACCCUUAUCUGGAUUGUGUAGACAGCAGGAGGACAGUGCGAGUUGUGGCCUCAAAGCAAGGUGCUGUUGUCACCCUCGGAGAGUUCUACCGGGGAAGAGACAUCUCCUUUGGUGAAGGUGCAGAGCUCAAGAUUGGGAAAGUCAUGUGGGGAGACAGUGGCCUCUACUACUGUAUAGUCACCACCCCUGAUGAUGUGGAGGGCAAAAAUGAGGACUCGGUGGAACUCCUUGUGCUGGGCAGGACAGGGUGGCUUGCUGCUCUCUUGCCAAGUUUUGCUGUGAAGAUUAUGUCAGAGUGGGUGUUUGUUGGCCUGGUGGUCCUAGGAGUCUUCCUGUUCUUCCUCCUGGUUGGAAUCUGUUGGUGCCAGUGCUGUCCACAUAGCUGUUGUUGCUACGUCAGAUGCCCAUGUUGCCCAGACUCCUGUUGCUGUCCUCGGGCAUUAUAUGAAGCAGGGAAAGCUGCAAAGGCUGGCUAUCCUCCCUCUGUCUCCAGUGUUCCUGGUCCUUACUACAUUCCCUCUGUUCCUGUUGGAGGAGUCUCUUCUUCUGCCAUGCUGAUGGAUAAGCCACAUCCACCUCCCCUGGCAUCAAGUGACUCCAUUGGAGGAAGCCAGAGUGUUCGCAAAGGUUACCGGAUCCAAGCUGACAAAGAACGAGACUCCAUGAAAGUCCUUUAUUAUGUUGAGAAGGAACUGGCUCAGUUUGAUCCGGCCAGAAGGAUGAGAGAAAGAUAUAAUAACACCAUUUCUGAACUCAGCUCCUUGCAUGAAGAGAAUGGAAAUUUCUGUCAGUCUUACCGCCAGAUGCGGAGGAAGCCUCUCCCUUCUUUGGGGAACGUGGAGAGUGAUACAGACUAUUGGACAGGUGUAAUGGGAAACAGUGGUGGGUCAGGACAUGGGCCCUCAUCCUCCAAUUAUAACAAAGAGGAUCGAGACAGCUUCAGGCACAGCCAGCAGCGGUCAAAGUCAGAGAUGUUGUCACGGAAGAAUUUUGCCAUGGGGAUGCCAGCUGUCUCCAUGGAUGAGUUGGCAGCCUUUGCAGACUCCUACAAUCAGCGAUCCCACCGAGGCGAGGGCAACAGCCAAGAGCCUCGUGGGGGGAGCCGCUUUGAGAGAUCAGAGUCACGGGCACAUGGCGGGCUUUAUAAUGAUAGUUCCCUAGAGGAAUAUUAUAGCAAAAGAAGCCGGAGCCGGGAGCCUCUGACAGACUCAGAUCGGGGCUGGUCCUAUAGCCCACCCCGAAGACGGGCUAAUGAAGAUAAACACCUGCCUCGGCUGGUGAGCCGGACCCCAGGUGUUGGACAGAAGUAUGACCAUACCUAUUUGAGCAGUGUACUAGAGAGGAAGUCCCGGGGUGAGGGCAGCAGUGGUGGUGGGAGCCUGGAGACCCCAUCAAAGCUGAGUUCCCAGCCACUCCAACGGAGUGGGAGCUAUUAUGCAUGGUCACCACCAACAACCUACAAAGCCGGGAGUGGACAGCAACCAUCAUCCCAGCCAGACGAAGAGGAUGAGAUGGAAGAUACCUUACCACCCUACAGUGAACUGGAGCUGACCCGGGGCCCCUCCUACAGGGGCCGGGAGUCCUUGUACCACAGCAACUCAGAAAAGAAGAGGAAAAAGGAGCUACCCAAGAAAACUAAUGACUUUCCAACCAGGAUGUCCCUUGUGGUCUGAUACUUGUUUUCAAGGCAUCUCUUUGGAUGACUAGAAACCAGGAGGUGACUACAGAGACAAGAAUCUGACCCAUGACCCAGCAGGCCAUCAGAUAUGGAAGACUUGCCACUUACCAACUUUGUCUUUAGGAAACUCAUCCCCAACCAUAGUGUCCACUGAAUUAGCUCUUCAAGAAACUGAUCAGAAAAACAGCUAGAAUUGGGAUUGUUCCAAUGGUUUUCACCUUAAGUGUUUCAUCAGCCUUGUUGCUCUGCUUUGCAGAACCAGAACCAAAACCAGAACACCAUUUUUUACUAUGAAACAAAGCUAGCUCUUGUCCUCUAAUCACCUGAUAUUGCCUCUGUCUGUGGUACACUUUCCACAUCUCUGACACCCUCCUUAGAAUUCCUUUGGACUCAUUUGGACAAGGACAAAAAAAAAGGUGAUUCUUUCCUAACUCUAAGGGGAGGUCUUCUGCUAGCAUUUGAACAUAGCCCUAAAGCAAAAAAAAAUACCCCCGCUCUCGUGACCAUCUCAGGUCUGUACUAUCCAUCUAAUGUGAUGACAAAAUCUGAAGGCCGUUGGGGGUCACUUGAUGUAUUUGCUACAAGUCUUAGUUAAUGGUGCCAUACUGGGCAAUGGGACUUUGGUUUGCUGUUCUGAGGGAUGAUUCUUUAGUGACUUGAGCAAAAAAUAUGAGGGUAACACACCUUCCUGAAAAGCUAUAUGAAUUUAUGAGACAUGGGGCAGGCAGUAUGGUGUAGUGGUCAAA